UAAUCACUUCUGUUGUCAACCAUGGAACUCGUUUCCUAGGAAAUUGCUGAACUCUGUCUCCGAACAACAAGGUUAGUUCUCUCUACUCUCUCUCUCUCUACUAUUAUAAUAUUGCUGAUUAGAUCCAUGGUCAUGGUUGAAAUCCAAAGCAAGCAAAAGAGAUCAUGAAGAUGGGAUAUUAACGCAAGCGCAGAAGCAUAACCAUAUAUUUUCUCUCUCCUAAUGGCUUUCUGGAUGCUCUUGGCAGUGGUCACUUUAUUCUUAUUUUACAUUUCAAGGUGUUGUGGUGAACUUGUAGCAGCACUUCCAGGGCAACCAGCCAAUGUUUCAUUUAAGCAGUACUCAGGAUAUAUAGUGACAGAUGCCAAACAUGGCCGAGCUCUGUUCUAUUACUUUGUUGAAGCCCAAUCAGCUGACCAUCUUUCACGUCCUUUAACAUUGUGGCUCAAUGGAGGUCCUGGUUGUUCUUCACUUGGCUUCGGUGCAUUCAUGGAAAAUGGCCCUUUUCAAGUGGGAGAGAAUGGACUGCUAGUAAAAAAUGAACAUUCUUGGAAUUUAGAAUCGAACAUGUUAUAUGUUGAGUCACCUAUUGGAGUUGGAUUUUCAUACUCUAAUACAAGUGAAAACUACAUCAACUGGAAUGAUACUAGGACUGCUGAGGAUAAUUUGGUAUUUAUCAUUAAUUGGUUGGAGGAAUUUCCAAAAUUCAAAGACUCAGACUUCUUUAUAACCGGUGAAAGCUAUGCAGGGCAUUACAUACCACAGCUUGCAGCCUUGUUGCUUGAUUACAACAAGAAGCCAAACGUGAAGCCCAUCAAGCUCAAAGCAUUAGCUCUUGGAAAUCCACUUUUAGACCUAGAUAUCAGCGUACUGGCCGGGGAUUACUUGUGGUCACAUGGUGCAAUAUCGGAUGAGACAUUGAGGUUAGAGAAGACAGUGUGUAAUGACUCGAGGCAGUUAAGAGAGUACUGCCAUGAUGGUCAAUUGUCUCCGGGAUGCAAAAAUGUUUUCAAUAGGGUCGAGGAAGAAAUUGGUGAUGUUUCAUUGCAUGACCUACUCUCACUGAAUUGCUUAUCGUCGAGCUCCGCCCAACAAUUUCAACCUAAGGGGUUGCAUGGGAAGAUACAUGCAAUGAUUGCUAGUAGGGGAAUGGUAGGAGAUCCAUGCCUUCCGGACAGGAUACUCACCUAUCUAAACACACCAAUAGUUCAGAAAUCACUUCAUGCCAACACAACUCAUCUUCCUUCUCAAUGGGGAUUUUGUUUUGGGCCUCUUGUAUAUCAAAAAGACAACUUGGACAUGAACCUCAUACCCCUCAUCACAGACCUUCUCAAGGAGGGCAUUCCCAUCCUACUUUUUAGCGGAGACCAAGAUUCAAGAAUCCCUCUCACUCAAACAAGGCUAAUUGCAAAUAAUAUUGCCAUAGAUUUGAAGCUGGUCACCUUCACAAAGUAUGGCCCUUGGUAUGACAAAAAACAGGUAGGAGGAUGGUAUGAGUCAUUUGGCGGGCUAAGAGAUGGGAAGAAUGUAACCUAUUUGACAUUUGCGACUGUUAGAGGUGCUGCUCAUGAGGUCCCCUUCACAUCCCCUUCUCAAGCUCUCACAUUGUUUAAAUCAUUUCUGAAAGGAUCCCCUCUUCCUAGGCCCAAAAAGUGAUUCAUAACUCCGACCACACUAUUCAAUUUGCUAUUUAUGCUGUCUACAUGUUAUCUGUUACAAAUGUACUCCAAAAAAACUUUUUAAAAGUAAUUUGAUUUGUAAUGCAAUCCAAGUGGUGAAUUUAGAGGAAA